AGCCACACUGGCUCAAGGGCUUUUGCAAGUGAAAUUCCAGGCAGUUUCUUUCACUAAUUUGAGCGUUGUUGUUGAUUUCUUCUUCCAAGACGCUGCAUCUGGACUCUAAAUGGCUGCUGCAUGAGACCAGCGCUCGCACUUUCUGUGCUCCAAGGGCACAUAUCUACUGCUUGGAAGACUGAAGAAGGCCUCAACGGUCAAAGCUUCAAUGCCUUGGUGGACCCUCGCAACGUGCCUGACCAGACAUGGCCGGCGACCACAUCUGAGGACAGCCACAAGGCAUGGCCGGCAGGUCGCCAACCAGCAAGGCUGUCAGCUUGGCCUGAGAAGAACGGAGAGAUUGCCAUGUGCUGGGAAUCCAGAGUUUUGAAAGAUAUUCAUGACGGUUGGCCAGGGCAGUGUGUUGGCCUUAUGCUAGUACAAGCUCCAACAAUGGAGAAGUGCCGCGUCUCCUGUCUAAACCAGCCCAGGUGUCCGGUGUGGCAGUUCAACCCUGGACAAAUCAAAGGUGGUUGUUGGCAGGGACAGGGCCACCACUGCGAGACCCGCAACGGCUACGAUGCGGUGCAGUUUUCGGGUGGGCAGCGCAUUCAACACGGUAGCGUUAGGGUCAUCAAACAAAUGGCUGGCAUCGAGGUACACAACCUCCGACCCAUUGGAAAGCUGAGCAAUGAAGGCCAAAGUGCCAACAUCAAGCGAUGCAGGGAAGUUUGCUACUCCGACAUUCUGUGCCAAUACUGGCAGUACAGCCAAGAUGGCUGUCAAGUUGAAGACCCAACGUACAGCACGGUGCAAUAUCCCUUGACCCUUGAGGGCGGGGCUAGCACUACCAGCAGCUAUGCUAGGAGUGUUGUGGCGGGUGAAUUUAUCCAGCAUUAUUGUCCACCAAGAAGCCAGCAACCCGAUUUGGCAGCUCUUCGCCAGGAGAAGCCUGAUCCAUUGGGGUCUUACGCAAAUUGGAGGAUUGUGCCAUAUGGAAUUCUGGUUUCCUUAGUCCUCCUCAUGUUGAUGUGCUUGGCUUUCUGCGUGCUGGAUCAGAAGGAGAACACCCAAGCGCCAGACACGCAUGCAGAUGUGACAACUCCACCGCAUGUGCACGCCCAGAGCAGUUCCAGGCCAAGUGAGGUACCUCUUGCGCAGGCGCCCCUUCCUAUGCAACUGGCUUCGCUGCCACAAAGGUUCUUUGCUUCACGGCCAGUGCCUGUUGGAGCUGUGCCAGUGCGCGGGCCACCGAUGAUGCCGUUAUCAGCGUAUCGUCCUAGACCGUAGCUGAGUUCGAAGGAAGGCUUCGGUGAAAAAGUGCGCCGCUGGAAGCUGCAUCAUGUUGAUCACGGCAUACGGCUUCAAGUACC